AAUAAAAUUUUAACGCUAACGAUUUUGAAUCUCAUCAGAAAAUGUCGUGCUUUCUUUGCUUCUUAUGCCAUAAUACAGUGCACAGUGAUACAAAUGUUGAAACGCGGGAAAAAUACAAAGAAUUGGUUGGAAUGAAAUUAUGUUCAGAGUCUCAUCUGUGCCAUGUAUGCUGCCACUUGCUGAGAAAGCUAUGGUUAUUUAAGUCCAUAUGUUUGAGAAGAAGUAUGGAGUACCCUGUGUUGUUUAGUGACCGAGGCACAGUGUAUCUACAAAACAGCCAAAUAGAAACUGUCAUCCUAUGUCCAGAUAUAGAAGAAUGUGAACAACUAACAAACACAUCAUACCACUUCACAUCCGACACUGAUUAUACCAACCAAUACGUAUCAUUAGAAGAUAGGACAUAUAAAAUAGACAUAGCGGAAGAAAAAGAUAAAAAUAAUGAGUCAGAUGAUGAUAUUACAGAAUUUAAUGAUUAUGAACAAGAUAUUGAAAUACAAAAUGAUAUAAAAAUCGAAAACAAAAAUGAAGGUACAGAAGAAGUUAAACCCAACGAAGAAUUAAAUAAGAAUAAUGAUUUUUACAAAAUAAUUUUGAGCGUUGAAGAGCAGAAGGCGGAGUUAGAAGCGAAGAGAAGAGAAGACAAGUAUUUAGAGGCGGAGUUUAAAUGCUAUAAUUGUGCUAUGCCAUUCUUGUUUAAAGAUACUUAUCAAGCUCAUAUGAUGAGACAUGAAGAGUCAAACGGUGAGCACCUCUGCCCUAUCUGUCUGCUCCGCUUUGCGUCUUCAGCCGUGCUGCGUGCGCACGCGCAGACGCACCGCGAGCGCGGCGUGUGCGCGCGCUGCGGCGCAACCGUCGGCGCGCGCCGGCGCAACGCGCAUAGGGCUAAAUGUAUCAACAACCAGGCUAUAUGUCAUCUGUGCUCGAAGGCUUUUACCGAUGGUAACGGCCUACAGCAGCAUAUCAAGCGCUUCCAUCUCUCAAAGACAAGCAACAAGACAUACUCCUGUCACGUGUGCGGCAAAACGUACAACAACCAGGCGGCCGUACGGACGCACAUGAUCAAGCACAUAAACAAGAAGUUCCCCUGCCCCUCGUGCGACGCGCGGUUCAGCUCCCCGUACACGCUGGCCGCGCACCAGCGCCGCCACCGGGGCGCGCGCCGCGCGAGCAGGAGCGCGCCGCGCGCCACCAGCGCUUCUUCAACGCUUUGUAUAGUUAUAGUAUUUAUUCUAAAACAACUCAUUUCCCUUUCCAGCCUCCCCUGCCAACUGUGCUCAAAAACCUUCUCCACGCAGCGCUCCCUUGCGUCCCACAUGCAAACCGUGCACUCCACAGACAAGAAAUACCGCUGUAACAUGUGUGGGGCCAGCUAUACUAGCAAGAAGUCACUGGGCGCUCAUGUACGGAGGCAUACGGCGCAGCCUAAACCGUGCUUGUGUCAUCUCUGUGGGGCCAGCUUCCAGGGUAACAGCAAACUGAACAGACAUCUAAGAUCGGUGUGCGAAAAGAACAAACUAGAGGAAGAACUAUCUGCUUUUUAUAAUCAGGAAUAAGUAUCAAACUAU